AUGCAGUCCAUCAUCCUCACAUCCCUCCUCGCCACCGCCGUGAGCGCCAACUUCAUGGCCCACCCCCUCAUGAAGCGCGAUCUCCUCGCCCCGCGCGCAACCGCCCCAGCCGUCGGCGGCAUCACUGUAGAGUGCCAAACCGCCAUCCUCGACGUCUACAAGAC